UCUCUCUCUCUCUACCAGCUUGCAGUUGCAGACAGCUCUAACGGGGGAGUUUCGGUGGUUUUGCGGUUGUUUUCCGACGGAAUGUCACUUUCCGGCCAUUUUCACGGCCCCAAAUUGGUUCCAUUUCUCUCUCUAUCUCUUAGGUUACAAUGCAGCUUCUUGUUCAAACUGUCAGAAUCAUGAUUCUUUCACUUAGAAAAGCUGUGUGAAAAUUGGCUCCAUUUGUCGCUCUGUUUGUAUUUUUCUUUUGCUUUCUCGUCGAUCUCGCUCUUUUAAGGCUCUGUUGUUCUUUGCUGCUAGUUGAAUCUGAUUUCACUCUCACUCUCGCCUUUUUCUUUCCAUUUUUUUCUUUUGCUCAGGCAACUUUUGAAGCUAGAUUCUUCCCUUUUUAUCCUUUUUUUUCUCUUUUGCCCCUUUCUCCUUGUCGCUGCUCAGUCCGAUUUUGAAUCUGUAAAAAGUUGCUUUAUCGGCUUUUGGCCACCUAUUGGGCCUCUCUUGUUCUCAAGAUUAGGGGUUCAUUUCCUAAUUUUGAUUAUCUGUUUAAGAUUUUUUUCUUUAUGGAAUGUUUAUCUUGUGGUUACCAGUUAAAUUCAAUGUAGGUCCCCCGAGACAUUGAUUUUUUAUUCUGGCCUGUUUUGCUCUUAGAAUCCACCAUCCACCAUGAAAUUCCAUUGCUGUUUAACUCAUUGGAGGUGACUGUUCUUGGUUAACUUCUCAGAAACAGAUCCUUGAUUUUGCAGCCAAAAUAUUCAGCUUUACUGGAACCAAGGGAGUAAAGGUAUUGAGAUGAAUGGGAUUCAGAGAAAAAAAGUUGGUAGUAAUGAAAAACCUUUCCCUGGCUGUUUGGGCAGAAUGGUGAACCUCUUUGAUCUGAGUACGGUUGUCUCUAGGAACAAGCUUCUUACUGAUGCACCACAUCGUGAAGGUUCUACUCUCCCAAGGAAUCAGGCCGAUGUGGCAAGAAUGUUUAAUCACUCCACAAAUCAGACUGAAGAUAAUCUGACAGUGCCUGAAUUUCAGAGAGCUUCGAAAAAGAGAGCAAAUGGAACACCUGUGAAGAUGCUUAUAGAUCAAGAUAUGUCUGAAGAGUGUACGAAAAAUCCACCCAAUGUGGUUGCAAAGCUAAUGGGGCUUGAAACUCUCCCUCGUCAGCUUCCUUGUUCACCUAUUCAAAGAAAUAAUGUAAUAAGUUAUCCGAAGGGUAGAAUUGCAAAGCAUGGAAUGCCAAUAGAAUGCAGGGAACUAAGUGACUUAUUAGAAGAGGGAAUGAAAUGUCAAGUCAAUGAAUGUUCAGAGCAGAAAGAAUAUAAAGAUGUUUAUGAAAUAUGGCAGCGAUCUCCACAGACAAAUGAUAUUAGAGAAAAGCAGCCAAAGAAGGGCAUAGAAAGUGAAAUUCUGGAUGAUAGAAAGAUGGCUCUUGUUCGCCAGAAGUUUGUAGAAGCAAAAUGUCUGGCAACAGAUGAGAAACUGCGCCAAUCCAAAGAAUUUCAAGAUGCUGUAGAAAUCUUAAGUUCCAGUAAGGAUUUGCUUGUCAAGUUUCUGCAGGAGCCAAAUUCUUUGUUUACCCAGCAUCUGAAUGAACUCCCGUCCAUCCCUCCAUCCCCUGAGACAAAGCGCAUCACUGUUCUUAGACCUUCAAAGGUCUCUAGGGAUGAAAGAUUUACUGAAUUUGAGAAAAAAGGCUGUAGACAAUCAAGGUUACCAGCUCAGAGGGGCCAGUCAGCUAUUUUAGACAAAAGUGAUUCUAGACUUUCUCCUACUCCAGGUAUUAAUAGGACUAAUGAAUAUGCUGUAGCUGUUCAGCCAACAAGAAUAGUGGUUUUGAAGCCUAGUCCUGGGAGGAAUCAUGAUAAUAAGCCUAUAGUCUCAUCACCUGGCUCAUUGCCUUUCGAUGAGGGAUUUGAAGAUGAUGAUGUGAAGGAAUCAAGAAAAUUUGCAAGGAAUAUUACUCAGAAAAUGUGUGACAAUCUUUUGGGUCGUCGAAGGGAUGAAACUUUGCUUUCUUCCGUGUUUUCAAAUGGUUAUACUGGUGAUGAAAGCUCAUUUGAAAUAUCUGAGAAUGACUAUGCAGUAGAAAAUCUGAGUGAUUUGGAAGUCAUGUCUUCCUCUUCACGCCAUUCUUGGGAAUAUGUUAACAGAUAUAGUAGCCCAUAUUCGUCCUCGUCAUUCAGCCGGAUGUCAUGUUCUCCAGAGUCAUCCGUGUGCAGAGAAGCUAAGAAGCGGCUGUCGGAAAGAUGGGCCAUGAUGACAUCACAUGGGAACUAUCAAGAGCGAAGGCGUGUUAGGAGAAACUCGAGUACAUUGGGUGAGAUGCUUGCACUAUCAGAUGCAAAGAAAUUGUCAGUAACGGAUAAUGAAGCUAAUGAACAUGAAACAACAAGUGAGUUAGAACCCUGUUUUAAUAGUGAUGAAAAUAUUGAUUGUCUAGAUGAUUCUCCCACAAUGCUUGCACGGUCAAAAUCUGUCCCGGGAGCUUCUCCAUUGUUUGGCAUGCUUAAUCUUGAAGCAUCAGAUCUUGAGACCAUCAAAACAGAUGAUUCAAAGUCGCUAGCAAAGCAAAAGGGUGUUAAGUCAUCACCUAAUGAGGAAGUUUCAAGUUCGUUCUUUACCAGGAAUAAGAAAACAAAUAAAGAAAAAUGUAGUGGAUAUCAACCAAAAGAUGAACCCAAAUCUUGUAGUGCUGAGACACUCUCAUCCCUAGCUUUCGUUCAUCACUCUCGAGGUUUGAGUAAUGCUGCAUCUCAUUCUAAUGAUGGUGAAGGGUGCUCAUCAAGCACUUCUUUCCUACAUUUAACCAAUGUGGUUGCAAGAGGAGGUGAAGUUCAUCGUGAGGGGGGAUUGUCUGUGAAAAGGCCUUUCAUGACUGGAAAUGUUGGUGAAAAUCAGGAGCAGCCAAGUCCAAUAUCCGUUCUGGAAACACCAUUUUUUGAAGAUGACAACACACAUUUAGAAUUCUCCAGAUAUCUGAAGCCAAGUAAUCAGGAGUUCUGUAUGCCAUUCAAGAAUAACCUCAUCAACAAAUCGCCACCGAUAGAAUCAAUUGCUCGAAGUGUAUAUUGGGAUGGUUCUUCUUCAGAUUCAUCCGCUCGUGCACUCAAAUCUUCACCAGUUUCCACUUUUCUAGAGGAAGAACAAAACUGGCAUUGCCAUGUGGAAGCCCUUCUUACAUUGUCUGGCCUCAGUAGUGAAGUACAACAAUGUGGCUUACUGUUUACUAGAUGGCAUUCGCUUGUAAAUCCACUAGAUCCAUCUCUAAGAGAUAAAUAUGCCAAUCUAAGCAGCCAAGAGCUGAUGCUCGAGGCCAAGCGAAGGCAGCUGAGAUCGAGUAGGAAACUUGUGUUCGACUGUGUCAAUGCUGUCUUGAUGGAUAUAACAUGUGAGGAACUCAACCACUGGCGAGCCAAAUUAUCGAGCAGGGCCCAUGACAGCAGCUUUGCAGAGGGCACAUCACUAACAUUACUGGACUGUGUUAUGGUAAAACUGAAGGAUUGGGUUUGUGGGGAAUUUAGAUGUGUUACAGGAGACAUUGGGGACUGCGAUGGCCUGGUGGUGGAAAGGGCAGUCAGGAAAGAAGUUGGGGGAGGACAUUGGGAUGAGCAGCUGAGGAUGGAAAUGGAUAAUUUGGGGAAGGAAGUAGAGAGAAGAUUGCUGGAAGAGCUUUUGGAAGAGGCCGUAGUUGAAUUGACAGGUAUCUAUUUCUCUGAGCAGUGUAUACUAAAGGAGCCGUGAUAGUAAUGACCCUUUAAAGAAGGUUUCUACAAAUAAUCCAUUAGAUCAGACCUCACUCAGUUUAGUUAUCAUCA